CCGCCGGAUCAGCUGACCAGGCGCGGCAGGAAGGAGAAACUCCUGGCCCGGGCUCCCUGGCGCGAUGAGGUUCCGGUUCUGUGGUGAUCUGGACUGUCCUGACUGGGUCCUGGCAGAGAUCAGCACACUGGCCAAGAUUUCCUCUGUGAAGCUGCGGCUGCUGUGUAGCCAGGUGCUGAAGGAGCUUCUGGGACAGGGGAUUGACUACGAGAAGAUCCUGAAGCUCACUGCUGACGCCAGGUUUGAGGCGGGCGACGUGAAGGCCACAGUGGCGGUGCUGAGCUUCAUCCUCUCGAGUGCGGCCAAGCACAGCGUGGAUGGCGAGUCCUUGUCCAGCGAGCUGCAGCAGCUGGGGCUGCCCAAAGAGCACGCGGCCAGCCUGUGUCGCUGUUAUGAGGAGAAGCAAAGCCCCCUGCAGGAGCACCUGCGGGCCUGCAGCCUGCGCGUGAACAGACUGGCCGGCGUGGGCUGGCGGGUGGACUACACGCUGAGCUCCAGCCUGCUGCGGUCCGUGGAAGAGCCCAUGGUGCACCUACGGCUGCAGGUGGCAGCUGCCCCAGGUGCCCCGGCCCAGCCGGUUGCCAUGUCCCUCUCAGCAGACAAGUUCCAGGUCCUCCUGGCAGAACUGAAGCAGGCCCAGACCUUGAUGAGCUCCCUGGGCUGAGAAGAGUGUUUGGAGCCCGUGUGGAGCUGCCCGACCCAUCGAGUCACUGCGCUCCAAACUUCAGAGGGUGGCCCCCACGUCAGGACCCUGGGAGCCUGGCCUCGGAUCUCUGCCUUCCUAGGCUCCCACUUGGGAACUCAGCAUAGGGAUCCUGAGGACUUGCCCAGCAUUGCCUUCCUUCCCCAUGAAAGGCACUUGUCAGCGGUGUUCACAAGCAGGAAGAAUAAACAGAAGUGUCAAGGA